GGAAGGGGCUGAGUGAACGCUCUGGUUGGUCCGUGUGACGAGCAGCUGUCAGUAAUCAGUAAAUGAGGCCAGACCAGGGCAGGUGGAGCAGUCAGAGGAAGAUUUUGUGCAACUUUUGCCAAAAAUGGGAACCAGGACAAGAGGAUUGGGUUUUAUAAUUCUCAGUGCAGCUUGGGUUCACUUUGUGUCAGCUGGAGGUGCUUACUGUGCCAAAACUGCAAGAGCUAGAGCUGCAGCUUUGGGCUUGGAUUACCCGGGAGUCCAUGGGGCCCCUGACCUUUCUGGACCACCCCCCUACUCUGCUCAACAUCCCAGUGCGCCUCACCACCAGCACUUCCCAAACAACCCUCAACCUCCCGCUAUGGACUAUAACACGUACUAUAAACCACCCAGAGAAUUUCCACAUUUUCAACCUGCUGGGUAUGGCAGUCACAGUCCAACCCAAUCCAACUUUCUAAGCAAGCUUUCCGGGGGUGGACCACAGAACAACCGCAAGUCCAAUUUCGAGCCGGUCGAGCAUGAUGGCCCCCUAACACAUAAGCAACCCCCCAACCUGGCUGACCCUGUGUAUAGGGCUUCGGAAAGUCGCAAAUACCCACUUCCAUUUGUCUACAACUGGCAUGGGGUUGGUCCUAGGGCCUUUGUUCCAAAUGGACAUGACAUAGGGGGAGUGAAAGAUCUACUGCUGCCCCAUAGUCCUGGUUAUGGCGUCUACUACUUGGUGUACCCUGUGGGAGCUGGAUUAAAGCCUAGUGUAAUGUACCCAUUGGCCACCAGGGGGAGUCUACCUGGUUACAUUCCCUGGCCUAUGCAUGGAAAAUUAAACAAGCCAAGAAACCCAUUUUACCCAUCUCAUUUGGAUGAAAGAGAAUAGUUGGACUGAGAGAUUAUCCAUGCCAGAUUGUUUACGCCAGAGGCCCUUCCAUCCUGAAAUGGUGACUCAUUGUGACUGUGACUCAGGUGAAGGUUUGCUACCAGCUUGUUACCAUGGAAAUGUUACUGCUUUGCCUGGAAUAUUCCAAAGUAUGUCAUACUUAUAUUUAAUAAAUUACAGGUGUGUUCAUUGUACAAAUAUACAUUUAAAAACAUGUAUUGUACUUUGAGCGGAGUCUCCUCACUACAAAUUUGACCUGUAACUUGGCCCUGUGGCAUCACCUGCUUGUUUCCAUGGAAAUUGAUAAGUUUAAUGCCAUACAGUGGAACUUUCCAGGCAGUAACAUCAAGUAGGUGGUGUAUCAUCCAGAUGAAAAGUUACAUAAGGCACCACCUUAAUUGUAACCUAGCCUGAGAAUUAAACAAAAAAGUGCUGUUGCCAACUUACAAAAAACUUUGUAAAAGCCCAAAUAAAUAAAAAUACUUGCCUUGCUGCUCCCUCCCCUCUUCUGUUCUUCAUGAUUGCCUCGUAGUGUGGAUGUUACCAUAGUGCCAUCUGUUGGUGCUGGAGUGUCCGUAUCCUUUUGGCUCACACAUGGUUGUACACAGGUGCUGCUUAACAGAAGGUCAGCCUCUGACACGUGCCAUAAUCGCUCCACAAUCUGCUGGGUGUAAGAGCAGUAGUGCGGAUGUUAUGUUAGCAAAUACACCUGCUGUGGCUCUGCUGUGCCGCUGUGCCGGUGGAGGCCAAAAUGGGAAUGAAAGGAGUUCAUUAAAACAAUCAAGAUACAAAUAUAUGGUUCCUGAUUCUCCUCACUGUCAUUCACCUGCCUCUGCGUUUAAAUUCUGAUGGAAGAUCUGCCAACCACUUCUGUGGUUACUGUUCAGAUCACAGUAAGCUGUUUUUCAGUAUUUUUUGAUGAAAUGGAAGAUACAUGUAUGUUUUAUGAAACAGCGUGGAACAUUCCAAGCAAACAAUGUCUCCAUGGAAACAAACAGAUGACUGCACCUCAGACAGAAAAGUUACAUAGUGAAUUUUAAGGAGUCUAAUUCUCUCUAAUCCCUUGUCUCAGUCGUUUAUAUGGUGUAUUCAUUUAUUUAUUUAUUCAUGUUUUUGUUUAUUUCUGUUCUUACAUUUUUAUAUAAUUUGUAGUAUUGCUAUCUCACACCAAGAUCAACGAUACUAAGGGAUGCACGGAUCCAGCUUUUUUAGUUUUGAUACCAACUUCGAUACUAUGGCUUUAAGUAUCUGCCAAUCCCAGAUAUCAACCGACACCAGUACAGAGACUGAAACGGGAUUUAUUCCUCUUAACCAAAAAUCUAAUUUGGAUCACUUUUGUCACAUGUAACUGUUAUUCAUCUCUCAAGUAAUCACAGAAUAAUUUUGUAUGAAUAAAAGUUUAAACAUU